AUUGGGAAUCUUGUCCAUCGUUGUUAAAGUUGUUCACAAUCUACAUAUAUUUCCACAAACCCUUUUCGUUAAACCUGAAAACUUGGUGGAUAAGCCUCAAUCUCAAACCGCACCUUUAUUGAUUCCAUAUUUUCAUUUUCACCAUCCAAGAAAUCUUUUUUAUCAAGACCUUUUUGUCCUGAUAAUAUUCUUGUCCUCUCCACAUCCACCAUAUAUGGAGGUGAUGAGGCCGGCAAACAAGAGAAGAAUCACCAUACACGUCUGCCGUGAUUUCCACUACUCACAAAUGGAAGGAACUGCCCGCAAAAAGCUCAGGAAAUUGCCCCAUGUUUUCAGCAAAGUCUUGGAAUUGCCUUUCGCGUCUGAUGCUGACGUGAUUGUGGAGGAGCGGCCAGAUCUUUUCCGGUUUGUUGCGGAAGUCAAGGUGGAUGGAAAGGCAGGCCAUGUCAAGGCUCAUGCUGUGGAGAUUCACCCUGGGGUUAUCAAGAUUGUGGUAAGAGAUGAUCACAAGCGUAAAGGUGGAGGUGAUGUGGACUUGUUCUUGGACAAGUUAGAGGUUGACAAGUGGCGGUUCCGGUUGCCUUCAUCGGCCCGGCCGGAGCUGGCCAAAGCAGCCUUUGUGGCUGGGGAACUCAUAGUGACGGUGCCAAGGGGCGGCUGUGGCCGGGUGGAUGGGGGAGAAAUUUGGGGAGCUGGCAGCAGACUUGUUCUAGUACAAUAGAUUUCAAAUCUGUUUGUCUUGAAAGUUACCUUUGCCUCCGCAAACAUUAAGCAGCAAUAAGACGAUGAAUUUUGAUGAGACUUUUUUCAGCAUUCUCUUGAUUGUACAUGUGACAUGGUUUCAUAUA